UCUCUUUACACCCAUACCGGCCCCAGGCAAACGCCGGUGGUGUACUCCUCUAUACCUACUUCUUGGCUUGAUUGGCUGGUCAUGUCCUUCUACCGAUACUUAUCUUUUGGGGGUACUAAUGAUCCUUCCCCGGUACUAAUGGUAGGGGUACUUAUGGGAUUUUGCCCAAUUGACCAACUGUCUGUAAACCCUGCGGUUUAUGUUUCUAAGGAAGGUAGCGGUGCUUGAGGGAAGAAAUAAAGGGCUCUCUCUAUAGCGGAAAUUAUGGAACAUCAGCUAGAAAGGAAGAGGUGGACUGCAGCGUCGAAAUUAUAUGAUGCAUUCAUCAGCCACCGAGGCCCUGACGUCAAAGAAACAUUUGCCAAAGAGCUUUAUGAACUUCUUAAGGAUCGAGGGUGUCGCGCAUUUCUAGAUCGUCGAGAGUUACAAGUGGGAGAUUCUAUUCCUUCUGCUAUUCAUAGCGCCAUAUCUUCGUCUGUUGUUCAGAUAGCCAUUUUUUCUAAAGGAUAUGCAGACUCCUGGUGGUGUUUAGACGAGCUGGUUCUAAUGUUACACCAACGAGAUCAUAACGGCUCGCUCUUCAUUCCUGUAUUCUACGAUGUUAAGCCUUGUGACCUUCGUCACAUCGAUAAAGGAGCAUAUACUGCAGCAUUUUCCAAAUAUGAAGGUAAAGGCAGACACAUUCACAAGCUGGACGGAUGGAAAAAGGCCCUUCAAUCUGCUUCGGAAGUAGUUGGCUUUGAACUUUGCAGUAGUGGAGACAAUUUGUGUGAUAAGAUUGUGUCCUGUGUGGAGAAAGAAAUCAAAAAGAGGGCACCGUUACAUGUUGCGACAUAUCCAGUUGGACUGGAUGAACUUGUCAAAGAUUUCGAAAGGAGAUUCGCGGAAUCAAUGAAGAUAGUAGGGAUUUUUGGUCUUGGGGGCUCUGGCAAGACAACCCUGGCAAAAGAAGUCUUCAACAGGAAGCGUUCAGACUACAAUGCAUCUUGUUUUCUCUAUGAUGUGAGAGAAUCACACGCAAAACGUGAAUUGCACGUCUUGCAAAGAAAGCUUCUAAAAGAUCUGUUCAAGAAAAAUGAGGAAUUACAACACAUUGAUGAAGGCACGCAAUCGCUGAAGAAUUGUCUCAAAAGGGCAGGAUCUGACAAGCGUUUUCUUAUAAUCCUAGAUGAUAUAGAUCAUUUCGACCAGUUGCGUGCCCUUUUGUUUCGAGAUCUUCUCAGUCCUGGAAGCUUAGUAAUUGUCACAACCCGUGACCAGGGUGUGUUAAUCAGUGCAGAAAUCAGUAUUUGUUAUCCGAUGAAAACAAUGAGCAAAGAUCAUGCUAAAGAGCUCUUCUGUAGCCAUGCUUUCGGCGGAAAGGCCCCAACCUUUCCAUGCGAGCAGCUGAUUGAAAGGUUCGUGAAGUUCUGUGGAGGCCUACCCCUCUCACUCAAAGUUUUGGGCACCCAUGUUUGUGGAAGGGAUGAGAACUAUUGGAACUUGGAAUUGGAAAAGGUUGAGUAUAUCCAGCCUAAUGAUGUUAUGCAAUCUCUUAAAAUCAGCUUUGACGGUUUGGGCCUUGAGGAGAAACAAAUCUUUAUGGAUAUUGCUUGUUUCUUUAAUGCCAAAUUAAAAGAUAUGGCUAUAACAAUAUGGAAGGCGUCCCAGUGGAGGACGGCCGAACACGCAGUUCAAAGACUGAUAGAGAAGUGCCUUGUUGAAGUAGAGGAAAAAGAAUCAUAUACAUUUAGGUGGGUUAAAGGAGAUGUAUUUAGAAUGCACGACCACCUGCGUGACUUGGGAAGACAAAUGGCGGAUGAAAAAGCGGUCCCUCCUCGGUUGUGGCGGUCAGAGCAUCUUAGAUCUAUGCAACAAAAGGGAUUCAAAAAAAUCCUACAAGAAACAAAUCAGCGGUGUUACGAUCAUUUUUGGGACUCCUCCCUCAAUGCAAGAAUUGAAUAUUUUACAGGAAAUUCAAAUAACCAUACCGGCACAUCAACUGCCCUCUUGUGGCUUGGGGUUGACAAGGCACGAUGGGAAACAGUUCCUCCAUGGAUUCCUGUGCGGCAGUUGCAGUAUUUAGCAGUUCUUCAAGGAUUGUCUUUGUGGAGCACUUCCGCAAGUCAAAUCAAUGCCCAGGACGGUUUCCAGUUAAGAUGGCUGAUUCUUCGCCGUUGUGGCGGAUUGCGAAAUCUUCCAGAAUUAAUACAAAUGUUAAGUGGACUGGAAGAAUUAACAAUACUAAAUGCACCCUUCCAGUUAGGCAUUGAAGGUACAUCUUUGUCAAAAUCACUUGGAAAACUCAGAAAUCUUAAAACUCUGACGUUUGAUGAGGUGCCAUCAUAUGGAGAACUGGCUCUGAACAACGGUAGAGGAUCAUCUCGUUUUGAGUUGAAUAACCUUGAGAUGAUAACCUUCAAAUUUGUAGGUUUUUCAAAGUUGGUAAUUAGUGGAGAGGUAUGUCCCAGCCUAAAACAUCUGGAGAUUGCAGCAAUGAAGGAACUAACUGAAGUGGAAUUAGAGCUGGUAAACACGCUGGAUAUACUUAUAUUUAAUUAUUGUGAGGAUUUGAGAACAAUAUCAGGGUUCUCUUCUCUAACAAGCCUUCGAGAGUUAUUCAUAAAUGGGUGUUAUGCGUUGAGAGAGUUUCCAAGUCUUGCACCUUUGCGUCGGCUCGAGCGCCUUGAGAUUGCUGUAUGUGAUGAGUUGGAGAGUAUACAAGGUGUCCAAGACUUGCAAGGAUUGAAAUUUCUCGUAAUUCAAGCGUCUCAACAUGCAGGCGUAUUGAAUUUCGUUUCCGGACUAAAGAGACUACCAUCAGACUAUACCAUUAUAGCAUGGAACGCAGUGGAUGAAGCUGUGUCAAGAUUAAAUCUAAAGUUAUUUUCUGACGUGAUCGGUUGCCAUGAAAUUGCUGAGAUUCAGAAUAGUAGAGAAUAUUGUGAGAAGUUGGAGGAGAUUCGAAACCCAUUAACUGCAAUCAUUAUAUGCGCUUUCCAUAUAUCGCCUGGUUGCGCUCAUUUCCUGGAGGAAUUCGGUGCUCAUUACUCUGAACUAGAACGUGGUUUUCAUUCUGAUGUAGAACGGAUAGUAACACUUGUACACACAGGGCAGCGGAAUCUGAAAAUAAAUGGACCUGUAGAUUCCGAAAUUCUUGGAGGGUUUAUGGCUACUGUGAAUAGAGGCGAAGAGUCCAAAGCCUUGAGUUUAUUCAAGGUAAUUAUUGACCAUUUAUACCAACAAAGUAUGCAGUAAGUAUGCUCUUAACUAUAAGGAAGGUUCGAUGCCAUUACUGUUCACAUUUGUACGGACUCUUUUUGGGGUGAAAUUAGUGGUCUAAUGAACCUUUAAAUUCUUCUUUUAAUUUGAAUUUAUUUUCGCUUAUAAUAUAAUUAAAA